AUGGAUUAUGAGAAAGAACUAGCGGCAGAUUUUGACAGUGACUCUGAGGAUUCCAUUAUUGAAGAAUUGCAAGAACCAGUGUCUUCGAACCACAAUGAAGGGCCCCAGAAUCUCGACCAAUUACUCCAAAACCCCAAAAUGGCCAGUAUUGGAGCCAAACUAGAUCACUUUGACGUUACAAAAAUGACCGACGUUGACCAAAUCUCGGUUAUCCAUCCACUUAUACCGCAAAUUCGCAUUGAUUUGGAGAAGUACGCCGGAUCCAUUGAAACAGAUUACUACGAGCUCUUAGCCAGCAUCAACGACGAAAACCAAUCGGAAGAUUUCCGCUUUUUAAUGCAACUCAGUGAACUUCCAACUAUAAUCAAUGACGAAAUCGCUCUAUUGCAUAGAUAUGUUUCUGUUCACUAUAUGGUGGUGUUUGCUGAGUUGGAAUCGCUUGUCUCAAGUCCAGUUGAUUAUUGUAGAAUUGUCAUUGAGAUUGGGCAGAAGUUGACGGAAGUUCGUCAGCAUGAACAAAACUUGAAGAAAAUACUCUCAGGAGAUAAAGUUUUGGCUAUUGUAAUGGCUGCUCUUCAGAAUUACGAGAAGCUGUUUGAGCUACGAGAAGAAGACAUGGCUAACAUCUUGAAGGCGUGUCAAUACACAAUUGAGCUCUACUCGUUUUUGGGAGAAGUAUCUGAAUUCAUCGCAGACAAAGUCUCCAAGUUUGCACCCAACGUAGCCAAUCUUAUAGGUGCCGUGGCCACCUCACAGCUUCUUAUCAGCAUUGGCUCAUUGAAACAGCUAGCAUUGACACCCGCAUGUAAUCUUCCGUCUUUUGGAGUUCGGGAUCUUCUGUCACAAACACAGACACGCUCUAAUUUUAUCAGAGCAACGGGAUACCUAUACUAUUGCGAGGUUGUAAAGGGACUCCCUCCAGAAGUUGUCAAACAGGCUUUGCGCAUUUUGAGUGGGAAAGUAGUGUUGGCAGCAAGAGUAGAUUUGGCUGGCACAUACCCUGGUGGUGACUUGGGCACAAAAUACCUCCAAGAGGUGCAAUCUAAAAUCGAUAAACUUCUUACUCCACCUGAACACACUGCGCCCAAGGCAUUGCCUGUUCCUAAAGAGCAGAAAUCCAAGAAAAGAGGUGGACGCAGAUUUCGAAAGAUGAAGGAGCGGUUUCAGAUGUCUGAACUUCGAAAAGCACAGAACAAGAUGGAGUUCGGCAAGCAAGAGGAUGUGGUCAUGGAUAGCUUUGGCGAAGAAGUGGGGUUGGGCAUGAGCCACCAAAUGGAAGGGAUUCAAGUCAACAGAAAUACCGAUGCACGAUUAUCCAAGGCCAUGAUUAACAGAUUGCAACAGCAGAAAAGAAGAGAAGACUUGGAUACGAUUGUCAUGAAUUUUGGAGACCACAAGAAGCAGGAACAGAAUGGUCAAUGGGGACGCAUGAAGAAGCGACGUUUGGACGACGUCGAGUAA